GCGAGGAGCGGGGCGCGCGGCGGGAGGAGGCAGGCCCAUGCGGGGCGGCGGCGGGCGGCGGGGCCGGGGGCCCAGGGCGGCCCUACGGGACCCGCCCGGCCGGCUCCCGCGCGCCCUGCCUGGCCCAGCAGCCCGGCCUGCGGGCAGGGAUGCACCGUGUGGUCCAGCUUCCCGCCGCCCUGCGCGGCCCUGAGGCAGAAAGUUUGGGGGUCGGGAACGACCCUCCUCCCCGCCAGUGACUGCCCAAGGAUUCCUGCAGCCCGGCUUCGCCCGCCACCUGCCUCCGCUCCCCAGGUCGGAAUGAACUAUCCCAAGCCUCCCCCUCUUCGCCCUUCCCUCAUCCUCCUUUAAAAAGAUAUUUUCUUAAAUUCAAGAACUCGUGAUCUGCCUACUCCCCUCGUCCAUAAUUUAAACCCCAGGUCUUUUGAGUGCAAGAGGGGGUGCGGUCUCCCUCAAUACAGCACGCUAGAAGGACAGAUUCCCCUUGCCGACCCACUUACACCAUGAAGAGGUGCAAAUCGGACGAGCUGCAGCAACAGCAGGGCGAGGAGGAUGGGGCUGGGAUGGAAGAUGCCGUUUGCCUUCUGCCAGGCGCAGACCUCCGGCCUGGGGAGGCCUCGGGUGCAAACUCCGCUGGCGGGCCAACUUCAGAUGCUGGCGCUGCGGUGGCACCCAACCCGGGUCCCCGAAGCAAGCCUCCUGAUUUAAAGAAAAUCCAGCAGCUCUCAGAGGGCUCCAUGUUUGGCCACGGCCUGAAGCACCUGUUUCACAGCCGCCGCAGGUCACGGGAGAGGGAGCACCAAGCAUCUCAGGAGGCCCAGCAACAGCAGCAACAGCAGGGCCUAUCGGAUCAGGACUCCCCAGAUGAGAAGGAGCGCUCCCCGGAGAUGCACCGCGUCUCCUAUGCUGUGUCCCUGCACGACCUGCCUGCCCGACCCACGGCUUUCAACCGGGUGUUACAACAGAUCCGGUCCAGGCCCUCCAUCAAGCGGGGCGCCAGCCUGCACAGCAGUGGGGGGAGCAGUAGCCGACGUGCCAAGAGCAGCUCCCUGGAGCCACAGCGUGGCAGUCCUCACCUGCUUCGUAAGACCCCCCAGGACAGCAGCCUGGCCGCCAUCCUGCACCAGCACCAGGGCCGACCCCGUUCCUCCUCUACCACCGACACAGCCUUGCUCCUGGCUGAUGGCAGCAAUGCGUACCUCUUGGCUGAGGAGGCCGAAGGCAUGGGGGACAAGGGUGAAAAGGGAGAUCUUGUGGCCCUGAGCCUCCCCUCUGGCCCUGGCCAUGGUGACACUGAUGGCCCCAUCAGUCUGGACGUGCCAGAUGGAGCGCCCGACCCCCAGCGGACUAAGGCUGCCAUUGACCACCUGCACCAGAAGAUCCUGAAGAUCACCGAGCAGAUCAAGAUCGAGCAGGAGGCGCGGGAUGAUAACGUGGCGGAGUACCUGAAGCUGGCCAACAAUGCGGACAAGCAGCAGGUGUCGCGCAUCAAGCAGGUGUUUGAGAAGAAGAAUCAAAAGUCGGCCCAGACCAUCGCCCAGCUGCACAAGAAACUAGAGCACUACCGCCGGCGCCUGAAGGAGAUAGAGCAGAACGGGCCCUCGCGACAGCCUAAAGAUGUGCUGCGCGAUAUGCAGCAAGGGCUAAAGGAUGUGGGCGCCAACAUGCGUGCCGGCAUCAGUGGCUUCGGGGGUGGCGUGGUGGAGGGUGUCAAAGGCAGUCUCUCUGGCCUCUCGCAAGCUACCCAUACUGCAGUGGUGUCCAAGCCCCGGGAGUUCGCCAGCCUCAUUCGCAACAAGUUCGGCAGUGCCGACAACAUUGCCCACCUGAAGGACCCGAUGGAAGAUGGACCCCCCGAAGAGGCAGCUCGGGCGCUGAGUGGCAGUGCCACGUUAGUCUCCAGCCCCAAGUACGGCAGUGACGAUGAGUGUUCCAGUGCCAGUGCCAGCUCAGCUGGGGCGGGCAGCAACUCUGGGGCUGGGCCGGGAGGUGCGCUGGGGAGCCCUAGAUCCAACACUCUUUAUGGUGCCCCUGGAAAUCUGGACACUCUGCUGGAGGAGUUGCGGGACAUCAAGCAGGGCCAGUCACACCUGGAGGACUCCAUGGAGGACUUGAAGACUCAGCUGCAGAGGGACUACACCUACAUGACCCAGUGCCUGCAAGAAGAGCGCUACAGGUAUGAGAGGCUGGAGGAGCAACUGAAUGACCUGACUGAGCUCCACCAGAAUGAGAUGACCAACCUAAAGCAGGAGCUAGCCAGCAUGGAGGAAAAGGUGGCCUACCAGUCCUACGAGAGGGCCCGAGACAUCCAGGAGGCCGUGGAGUCCUGCCUGACUCGGGUCACCAAGCUGGAGCUGCAGCAGCAGCAGCAGCAGGUGGUGCAGUUAGAAGGUGUGGAGAACGCCAACGCACGCGCCCUGCUGGGCAAGUUCAUCAACGUGAUCCUGGCACUCAUGGCCGUGCUGCUGGUGUUUGUGUCCACCAUUGCCAACUUCAUCACGCCCCUCAUGAAGACACGCCUACGUAUCACCAGCACCGCCCUCCUGCUCCUUGUCCUCUUCCUCCUCUGGAAGCAUUGGGACUCGCUCACCUACCUCCUGGAGCGUGUGCUGCUGCCCAGCUGAGCAGCUGCUAUUCCGCCCUGUGCUCUCCGGUUCCACUGGCCACACAUCUCCAGGAGGGCCUGGGACUCGACAUGUCCUGUUUGGCCUCUUGCCCAAACUCCCCAUUCGGCAGCUCCUGCCCCUUCUCUGCACUGCAUCUGUUUGACACCAUCUCUCUUUUAGCCUGAAGGUUGCUGGAGGGGU